AUGGAAGGUUUAUCACGUUUACCCGGAAACACAUUUUCUGAUCCAACUCAAACUAACCAUCAUGUUAGUCACACACUCGAAAUCAAAAAUGGACAUCGAAUUGCGAAGUGGCCUGAAGUUGGUUUGGGUGGUGCACGAAUUAAUUAUAAUCGUAUGGGAGAAGAUGAAGCAGAACUUCUUCGGAAUUAUCGUCCCGAGUUAGUCUACGGCAAAGUUGUUGUUCAACAUCCUGAUAAUUUCGUUCCAGCUGUGUUAGCAUAUGAUAAAAAAGUUCUUCGUUUCUUCGGGUACUUUAAACAAUCGAUUCCUGAGAGUCCAAAUGAAUACUAUCGUGUCCGACCAGUUAAAAUCUUCUAUUACCUAGAAGAUGAUAGUUUAGAAGUGUUCGAAGAAGUUCAAGAAAACAGUGGUAUUCCUCAAGGCAAACUGAUCCGUCGUCAUCGUUUUCCCAAGAAUGAUCACGGUGAAACGUACAACUUUCGCGAUUUGAAUCUUGGACAGAAUUUAGCAAUCUAUGGCAAAGUAUUUCGCAUUUGUGACUGUGAUCCAUUUACUCGGGAAUGGCUGGAAAGUGAAGGUGUUCACGUCAAUCAACCUGAAAUGAUUCCACGCGAUCCAUAUUUAACAAAACGUAACCAAGCAGCUGAAUUAAAAUCGUCUAGAACCAAAAAUGAUUUUGAUAAAUUGAAACAAUUCGUUGAAAUGGAUCGGAAAGUUCUUCGAUUCUAUGCCAUUUGGGAUGAUCGAUCACGAAUGUUCGGAGACAAGCGAGAAUUCAUCAUUCAGUAUUAUUUAGUAAAUGACACGAUGGAAGUACGCGAAGUUCAUCCGAUCAAUGAUGGACGAGACCCAUUUCCUAUUUUAAUUAAUCGACACAAGAUACCAAAGGAUCGUUAUAAUGUUAAAGGUACUUUCCCACAUGUCUUUCUCGAAUUAAGUGAUACGGAAGUAAAAGAUUAUUUGAAACCAUCGGAUCUAAUGGUUGGAAGAACUGUGACUAUAUAUGGUCGAGAUUUUUUUAUCUAUGACUGUGAUACAUUUACCAAAACUUUCUAUACGAAAAACUUUGGCAUUAGCGAUUUCGGACCGGUCGAUGUGCAUCCGCCACCAGAAGAAGACGCUAAAAUGGAAAUUCCACCUUAUAAUGGAUUUGGUUCAUUGGAAGAUUCGAUACAAAACUGUUUGAAACUUCAACCAGACCGGCCGAAGAAAGAUUAUGUAAAACUGAUGGAGAAUGAACAUCACGUACUUCGCUAUGAAGCAGUUUUGGAUAGUCCACGUGAGAUUGAUAAAUUACGUAAAUUUGUCAUUAAUUAUCGUCUUGGUGAUGACACAAUCAGCAUUUUUGAACCACCUCAACGCAAUAGUGGCAUUAUUGGCGGCCGAUUUCUCGAACGAACACGUGUAUCAAAGCCAAAUUCGACGCCUGCUAAUCCUCAAUACUAUGGCCCAUCCGAUUUUUAUAUUGGUGCAACUGUCGAAGUAUUUCGUCAGCGUUUUAUUAUUCGUUCGGCUGAUUUAUUCGUUUUGAAAUAUGCCGAAGAACAUCCUGAACAAUUCACUCCGUCUGUCAUCGAUUCCUUACGGCAGCAUUUGAGCGAUCAAGGUGGACGACCUGAUGCUCAUCUCGCGACUAACAUACAAGUUCAACGUAAACCGGGUGAUUUCAUUGGUUUAUAUGCAGAAAUUCGUAGUAAAUUGAAAGGAAUGCGUAUCACUGAUCGUUCACAAAUUCGUGAAAUGUUUUUACGCUACGAUAAAGAUCGUAAUGGAUUCAUUGCACGAGAGAAUAUUCCAGAUAUCUUUCGACAGAUUAAUCUUCCGAUUGAAAAUGAUUUAAUUGAUGCGAUGAUGGCAGAGUGUGCGACCAAUGAACAAGGAAAAAUCAAUUUGUAUGACUUUCUACGAUUUUUUGAAGGUUGA